CAGAAAUAAAUCUGAUGACCCAUCAGUCCUCGAGUACAAAAAGACAAGCGCAGGAAUCCCUCCCAACCUUUUCCAUUUCACUUUUGCGAUUUUCUUUUUGUUUUGUUUAUCGUUUCUCAGAAGCCAUGGCCCCAACUCUCCAAUUAACGUCAACUGACCUUGUCCUUUCCCUCACAACAUGUCAAAAACUCCUCGCAGUGCAAUUCUCACCCGUGUCCGUCCCACUUAAACACAUUACGAACGUCCGUGUUCGGCCAGACGACCUGUGCGUCUGCUGGAAUGGGCUCCGUGUUGGGACGAGUGUGCCGGGCGUCUUUUAUGCUGGCAAUUUUUAUCACCUUCACCGGAAACCGGAUUUUAUUUAUGCUAGAAAGAAGGCGACGGCUAUUGCUCUAGAUCUGGCGGAUGGGUCCCAAUGGGCAAAGAUUAUAUUUGAGGUGGAGGAUGGCAGGACGCCUGAGGAGGUUGCUCAAGACAUUCUUAAGGCUAUCGAAAAUGCAAGGUCGUAGCAGCAUUCGUGAUUGACAGCAACAUUAGUGGAAAUGUGUUAUCAAGUGUUUUAUAUUUUGUAUUUGCAACAUGUUUUUGAACAGAGACUUUAUUAUUAUCUUCUUCACAUUGCAC